AUGGCUCCAUCACCGCACAUCGGAUGUUGUGAUUGUUCGGUGGUGUUAGUUUUGAUAACUCUUGUUGGCCUGAAUCUUCUCUUUCACAUAUAUGAUGAUACGGUGAUUCAGGUUAGCGAACGAUGGAAUCUCAUCUCAAGCGCAGGGCGCAGCAAAGCGAAAGAAACCUUAGACUCCAACGAUCACUCGUUACGAUCACUCGCCAGCUCGUAUUCUCCACCAGGACACCUGGGAAGUGCAGUGAAGUUGGAUUAUUCCGACCGAGAAGUAGCUUCCCUUGUGGAGACGAGUAUCAAACGGCAUGGGUUCAAUGAGUACGCAGCCACAUUGAUGUCUUUGAGGCGUGUACUGCCAGAUCUUCGUGUUGCUCAGUGUAAGGGAAGCACUCGUGAAGUUCCACGGUUAAAGAAAACAUCUAUUGUGAUAGUAUUUUUCAACGAACCGUGGUCAGUGUUGGUAAGAACUGUCCACUCCGUGCUGGAUAACACUCCGGCACAUCUGAUUGAUGAGAUCCUUUUAGUCGAUGACUGUUCCUAUCUGUCACACUUGAGAACGCGACUCGAGGAAUAUUUCAGACCAUACCCUGCAGUGCGGAUCUUACGGGCCCCGGAAAGGUUAGGGCUGAUUAGGGCACGGGUUUUCGGAUCGAAAAACACCACCGCACCUCUGCUAACGUUUCUUGACGCACACGUUGAGUGCACCAAAGGAUGGUUGGAACCAUUGGUCGGUGAAGUGAUAAAGAAUGCAACGACAAUCGCCGUCCCACUGAUCGACCGUAUAGACGACAACGAUAUGCAUCUAAUCCGGAACGUGUCAUCCGGUCUGAUCGGGGCGUUUGAGUGGGAUCUCAACUUUGGCUGGUGGUACCGCUCGAGCCUCCCGUCCCGACCGCAGCCAGAGCAGGCCCCAGCCGAACCCUUCGAGACACCAGCCAUGGCCGGUGGUAUAUUCACCAUUGCACGAUCCUUUUUCGCACGUCUCGGUUGGUACGACGAACAGUUUCAGGUGUAUGGGAUGGAAAAUAGCGAGCUCUCGAUCAAAGGUUGGAUGUGCGGCGGGAAGAUCCUCACCGUGCCCUGUUCCCACGUGGCGCACAUCCGCAAACGGGCGCAUCCUUUCAUCGAUCCUUUCGGGCGCCUGAAUGUGACGUUCCGGAAUUCGGUGCGACUGGCCGAGGUGUGGAUGGACGAGUAUCGACAGAUCGUGUACGAUGUCAACGGGAUUCCCGGCUACAGGGAGGACCUGUUUGGAUCGGUGCAGGAGCGAAAGCGAAUUCGUGCGCGAGCAGGUUGUCAACCGUUUCGCAACUACCUGCAAAGAGCAUACCCGGAGAUGCCGUCCCCUAUCGUGCCGGGAGCGUUCCGGGGUGAGGUGCACAAUGCCGACCUAGGGAACGCAACUUGUUUGACGGCGCAUCAACACGAAGCACCCUUUAUGGCCGCCUGCGAUAACCGGAACGAGACCCAGUUCUGGACGCAUACUUUCUACAACGAGUUGAACAGCUUCAAGCGGUGUAUCGAUGUGGGAACCAACGGAGUUCAAGUAACGCAAAACCUGUGCCACCGAAUGCGUGGUUCUCAGGCGUGGCACUACGAUGUAGAUAAUGGACAGCUCCGUAAUCUUGAGUCUCUGAAGUGUCUAGCAGUUGACACCCGCUCCAGGAACAACGCAGUCCAGCUGGAACCUUGCGCCGUCGACCAGCUGCAUCAAAAGUGGUACGUGACGUUGGUGAAGUACGAGUUUUGGGAGCCAUUUCAAUAA